AUGAAGAAAGCCAAAGGAGGAGAUUUUAAUUUUGCUUCAAGAGCACAAAAGAUUGAUAAACUUGAGUUCCCACAAUCAACAGAGGAUCGUUUCAUUGUCAAAGCUAAUAAAGAUGGAGUUGGAUUCCAAUGGAAAACUUAUGAUGACAAAUUGUUAGCUAGAAAUAUCGACAAAUAAACCUUUGAUAAUACUGUGGCUGAAGCUACUCGUAUUUGUCGUAAUUUGUGGAGAGAAAAAUAAAGAGAAGAACACAAAGACCCAACCAAGGCAUAUUAACCACUUCUCUAUGUGUCAGUUUUCUUAAUUCUUUUGGCCUUCGUGUUCCUUUUAGUUUUAAUCUACGGAAGUAGAGACAAAUUAGCAUUGCUAUAUGUUGCAGUGGCUAUUCUAUGUCUAGCAGCAUUUGUUGCUAAGACUUGGAGUUUAGAACCACAGUUUAUGGAUUUGGAAAAGGUACAGCUCAACAAAGUGACCGAAUACUUAAACAAUCAGAACUCAUAAAUUUAUCAAAGCAAAGGAUAUAAAUGGUAAGUUGAACCCAAUCUUUAUUGGAUUGAACUGGUUUCCAUUUGA